AUGGCAAGGUCAAUUUUCCCUAAGGUAGCAUGCAUGGCCAUCAUGAUGAUGAUGAUGUGCAUGAUUAUGGAUCUAAUUUCACUUACCCAAGCUGGUCCAUCAUGUGGGAAUGUUCAAGAUGCUUUGUCACCAUGCAUUCGAUACGUUACUGGAAUUGACAAUAAUGUCCCUGGAGCAUGUUGUAAUGGGAUCAAGAAGGUGAAGAGCCAAUCCAAGACCACACAAGAUCGUAGAUCUGUUUGCAAGUGUAUCAAAACCACUGCUCAUAGCAUUAAGAAGUUAAACAUUCACAAGCUUGCUGGGCUCCCUGCAAAGUGUGGAGUUAACUUGCCCUACAAGUUAUCUCCCUCUAUUGAUUGCAACAGGAUUAAUUAA